ACAAGGCGUUGCAGUGGGCUGAUGCAUUGAUUGGUGUUAGAUUUCUUUGUGUGCGAGGCAGCUGCAGCCCGAGCUCCACAUUUGAAUGUACAUAGGGAUUGGAAGGGACAUUUUUCCAUGGGCCAUCUGUCUCUGAGCCAGGAACAGCAGCAGCAGCAGAAUCAGCAACGACUGCAGGAUGGUUUUGGUGCACGUCGGAUAUCUUGUUCUUCCAGUUUUUGGCUCUGUGAGAAACAGAGGUGCCCCUUUUCAAAGAUCUCAGCACGCUCAUACUACCUCCUGCCGGCACUUCCAUCUCAGCCCUCAGCCUCCAAUCUCAGCUGAGUUUCCCAUGCCUCAGCCAGGAAUGAACACUCAUGUAGCUACAACCCACCAGCACACUGGUCCACUGCACCAACCCCUGCCUCCCCUGACACCGCUGCAGUUCCAGGACAUGGCAGGGCCCUCCUUCCUACCUCAGGCACUACACCAGCAAUACCUCCUUCAGCAGCAGCUCCUUGAAGCUCAGCACCGGAGAAUUAUGCCUCAUCCCAGGAGAGCUCAGGAGCGACUGCCUCUUCACCCUCAUAGAUUACGUCCAGGCUUUGAGUUCAACCAUCAGAUCCACUCUCCUCAGCCAGUGGGACCCCAGCCCCGGUAUUUAGCUGAGGGCACUGACUGGGACCUCAGUGUGGAUGCUGGAAUGAAUCACACUCAGUUCCAAGUUAGACCAGUGCCCCAGCAGUAUCAACACUACCUAGCUGUUCCCAGAGUGCAUCAGUUCCCCAGAAAUGCAUCUUCGGCUCAGAUGGUUAUCCAUGAAAUCAGAAAUUACCCGUACCCACAGCUACACUUACUUGCUCUUCAGGGACUCAGUACAACACGACAUACAUCUGCUGUUAGAGAAAGUUAUGAGGAACUACUCCAGCUGGAGGACCGACUAGGGAAUGUGAACCGUGGAGCUGUACAAAACAUGAUUGAAAGGUUUACUUUUCCACACAAAUACAAAAAGGUCAGACAGGAUAUGGAGAAUGAAGGCUCAGAACCAAGGAGAAGGCCACAGGAAUCAAAAGAUGAAAAAGAAGAGGAAGAGUGUGACACUGAUGAAAAAUGUACAAUUUGCUUGUGCAUGUUGGAAGAUGGGGAAGAUGUCAGGCGAUUACCGUGUAUGCAUCUUUUCCAUCAAGUAUGCGUGGAUCAGUGGCUUGCUACUAGCAAGAAAUGCCCAAUUUGCAGAGUUGACAUUGAAACACAACUCAGUACUGACAGCUGAUUAUAUAUACGGAUGAGCCCACUUCCAUUAGUGGGUGAGAAAACCAUAGCUAUUGCAGCAGAUAUUUGCCUUCUGAGCCAUUUGUUGUAAAAAAUAAGUUCUGCAAAUGUUGACAUGAACUGGGAUUGUUAUGACAGAAUGGGAGGUAGGCAGCCAUGUUGGCCUAGUUCCAUGGGAGCUGGUUUUCCUGUGGCAAACAGGCCAUGAUAUCAUACCAGAUUCACAUGUUUAACAAAGUCAUUACACUAGCUAAAUGUAUUUUCAAACCUGAAAUUCUACAGUAUACAUAUACCUCUCCAGCAGUUAGAGAUGUUGUAGGGCUUUUAGCUGUGUAAUACAGUGGGUUAUUAGAGUGUGAUGUUAGCUUAAGCAGUGUUGUGAUUGAUGCCCCAGUCUUAUUGUGAUGGGAAUGCUACUUUUUUGCAGAAUAACAUUUUACUUUACUUUUAUUUUGGUGCCUAAAAGCAUUACACUAAUCUCUCCCAAAUAAAGCAGAAUGAGGAAGUUAAUAUACAGUGACGGUAAUAAGGCAAGAAAGAUGAAAUCUUGUUUACAGUUAGGAAGAACAGUUUUAAUUUAUAUCUAGUUACUGACAAGGGUUCACAGAUUGUUAGAUGAAGAAAGCUUUGCAAGAACAAAACGUUGCAGAGAGACACUGCAAAGCCUGUGGCAGUCUUUUUUUGACUGUGCUGUUCUGCACACUUUGGACACUGUCCAGUGCAUGCUGGGACUGAACAACAUGUUUAACUAUUUCUAGUAUUUCUGUAUUUGCUUUUGGUCUUUAAAAGGUCAGCUGCUAUGGUACUGUUUCCUUUGUAAAUGUCUGUAAAUCUACAGUGUUAUUCUUGUGUCUUGGAAUACUUAAACUUCUUGGUACGUCCCCAGCCAAUCGAUGUAACAUGAAGGCAAUCAUUCUGAAGUAAUGUUUUUGACUGUUGCCAUGCUGACAUGCUCAGUUUUUGUUUUCCCUUUUGGCAACUAACUGUUAAACUGCAAUUCCGACAGAAUUGUGUAUGCACCAAAAUGUUAUAUGUCUUCUUUUUACCAAAAAAUGAUGAUGUAAUGACUGACUUAUGUACAACAUGUGAUGACAGAAAUCCUUU